UGGAUUUCUGAUGAAAAGAAGUAAAUAAGACCAUUUCCCCAAAAAUCUAUUGCUAACACAAAAGAUUGGCUAGCAGUUGCACUUCACUCCUAUUUUACUUAACACUGCUGGUGAAGCUAAAAACCAUGUUUCUGUAACAAAAAUAACACAAAGUACCGUACCGCAACAAACAACAUUUAUAUUGGUGCUGGAGUAACUAUAUAUGCAUAUGUGGAUUUCGUCAAGUCUUUUAUUGUUAAAAAAAAUGGUGGAGGCAAACAUCGCGUUACGAUAAUGUAUUAUGAAUUGACUCUCGGGCAUUUUUGGUGAUGUUUCGUGCUAUUUUAAAAUUAUUUAAGCGAGCUAAGGCGUUAUUUUGCGUUGCAUGUAUGAUACUGACAAUUUGGAUGCUUAUUGAAGGACUCAAGAAAGUAUCUGGACAAGCAAGUUCUAUUGUUCGUUUCAAACAUUUGAAGCAACUGAAACAAGAGUUGGAAGAAAAAUAUAUUGAGAUCCUCCAUCCUAUAAAGUUGAGGCUAUCACAAUUGGAAAAGACUAAGAAGUUUCCUCCAACUAAGGACUUACCUGAAGGUUAUCGCAAAAGGAUUUUAGUGACUGGGGGUGCAGGUUUUGUUGGUUCACAUUUAACUGAUGCUUUAAUGAUGGCUGGUCAUGAAGUUACUGUCAUUGACAAUUAUUUCACUGGUAGAAAAAGAAAUAUUGAACAUUGGAUAGGUCAUCCUAAUUUUGAAAUGAUUAAUCAUGAUGUUGUGGAACCUAUAUUUUUGGAAGUUGAUCAAAUUUAUCAUCUGGCUUCACCUGCUUCACCUCCACAUUACAUGUACAAUCCUAUUAAGACGAUAAAAACGAAUGCUCUUGGAACUCUGAACAUGCUUGGUUUAGCUAAAAGGGUUCGUGCUCGACUAUUAUUGGCAUCUACAUCUGAAGUUUAUGGAGAUCCUGAAAUACAUCCCCAACCAGAAAGUUAUUGGGGUCAUGUGAACACCAUUGGACCGAGAGCAUGUUAUGAUGAGGGAAAAAGAGUCGCAGAAACAAUGUGCUACGCGUAUGCAAGACAGGGUGGUGUUGAAGUUCGUAUAGCGAGGAUUUUCAAUACGUUUGGUACACGAAUGCAUAUGAACGAUGGACGUGUUGUAAGCAACUUUAUUCUACAAGCUCUUCAAGGUCAACCAAUUACGAUUUAUGGCGAAGGUCUUCAAACUAGAUCGUUUCAAUAUGUGAGUGAUCUGGUGGAUGGUCUUAUUAAACUAAUGAACAGCAAUGUUUCAACUCCAGUCAAUCUAGGAAACCCCAGCGAACACACGAUAAAACAAUUUGCCUUGAUGAUUCGGAAAAGAGUGGGAAACAAUAGCAGUAAAAUUGUUAUGCUAGACGCCCAAGAAGAUGACCCAAGGAAAAGAAAACCGGACAUAAAAAAAGCUAGAAUUACUCUUAACUGGGAACCAAAAGUGAGCCUUUCAGUUGGGCUGGAAAAAACAAUACGUUUCUUUCGAAAUGAAUUGGCUCGGCUUUCUGAGCAAAAGCAACUCUAACUUCUAGUCAUUCCUAACUCCAAAUUUGGUUUGGGUAUGAUAAUAAUAUUGUUUAUAACGCGUAUUAUUUAGAUAUUUAUAGAAAAAUAACUUCUUUAUAAUUGAUGUGUGUGAUACUCGCAUAUGUAUUGGAUAGUUUACAAAGCAGUAAAGUUACAAGGAGACUUUACCAAGCUAACGAAUGAGCCAAAAGAUAACUAGUCUAGCACUCAUGUUUCAUUGUUGUUCUGUUUAUAUAUUAAACAGGAGCAAUUCA